CACUGUGAAUAUUAUUUCGGACGUUUCAGUAGUUCGCGCGAAUUAUUUGUCGAGUUCUGUCUUCUGUAGUCUUCUGAACGACAAGCGAUAAACUGUUAAAAUGAAAAGUAUCCGGAGUAAAUUUAAAGGUUUCAAUAAACAUUAUACAACUUCAAAGCUGUUUCCCGAAUUACCUCCGAUUGACUUCAAACCUUUACCUUAUAAAGGCCUUUCUUACGAAAAAGCGCAGUCUAUGCAAUUGAAUAAUGUGUUUCCUCAAGUACAGAUGUAUGAAGACCCUCUACUUUUACAUGAAGGUAAAAUGCAAUGGCUGUUCGAUUACAAGGGCAAACGGUACUUGGAUAUGUUUGGAGGCAUAGCGACCGUUAGCGUAGGUCACUGUCAUCCAAAAGUUAUUGAUGCGAUGACGAAGCAAUCGAGUUUAUUGGGUCAUGUGUCCGGAGCGUAUGAGCACCCAAAAAUGUAUGAGUACGUGGAAUCACUAGUGUCAAAAAUGCCAGGAGACUUAAAAACUGUGUACUUGGUAAACAGCGGUUCCGAAGCCAAUGAAUUGGCGAUGCUGCUGAUUCGAUUGCACACCGGAAAUCAAAACGUGUUAUCCAUCCAGAACUGUUACCACGGUGUGUCUGGAAGUCUACAUGGGCUGACGGGAAAUGCGUCUAUCAAGUUCAACAAUAUAUCGGAUGGUAGUUACAUUCACCAUGUGAUGUGCCCGGAUGUUUUCAAAGGGAUCUGGGGCGGGAAAAAGUGCAGGGACUCUCCUGUGCAAACACAGCGGUCUUGCGAAUGCGACCGGAAUCGUUGCAGUGCAGCCGACAAUUACUAUGAACAGCUGGAGAACAUUUUCUCAUAUUCGAUACCCCGUGGCAAGGUGGCUGGGUUUUUCGCAGAGUCCAUCCAGGGUGUCGGCGGAAUCGUCCAAUUUCCUAAAGGUUAUUUAAAAAGAGUCUACGAACUGAUCAGGAGUAACGGAGGUCUAUGCGUGGCCGAUGAAGUACAAACGGGUUUUGGCAGGACUGGCGAACACUUCUGGAACUUCCAAUCACAUGGCGUCAUUCCAGACAUUGUGACAAUGGCCAAAGGCAUCGGGAACGGCUUUCCGAUGGCCGCUGUCGUUACGACACCUGCAAUCGCGCGAUCGUUGAGUUCUGGUUUUCAUUUCAAUACGUUUGGUGGGAAUCCCGUUUCGUGUGCCGUGGGUCUAUCGGUGUUAGAGGUAAUCGACGAAGAAGGUUUGCAACAAAAUUGUUUGGAUGUGGGCACAUAUUUCCUUGAAAAGUUGUGCGGCAUGAGACGUGAAUGGAAAAUAAUCGGUGAUGUACGAGGUAAAGGACUGAUGAUCGGAGUUGAGUUAAUAGACGGCGAUCAAGAUGAUAGCGAUACAGGAAAAAUACAUCCUCUAAACGCCCGAGCUAUUUCUCGUAUUAAAAACGAUUGUUUAAAAAUGGGACUUUUGAUAGGAAUUGGAGGAGUUAGAUCAAACGUACUGCGGUUUAUGCCUCCUAUGUGUGUAACGAAAUCUGACGUGGACUUUGCGAUUGCAGUUUUGAGACGAGCUAUGCAAAAUUAUUACGAAGCUAAAUAUUCUAAUAAUCUUUAAACACAUUUUUAUUUAUAUAAAACCAAAAUGAAUUUAAAUAUAUUGUACCUACUUA